AUGGUGCAAGCAGGUGUUGCUCUUCCUGGAGGGCGCAGUGGCAACGAUGGAGCCGGCGGCAGUCGUGGAGGUGCGGAUGGAAAGGGCAAGUCAUCUACAGGAGGCGUUGACAAAGUGGACGACGUUACGGUGAUCGAACAGAGACUCAUGAGCAAACAUGGCAUCUUGCCAACUCUGCAGUGAGUGCGCACGGGCGGAAAGUGCUUGAAGUCGAGGAGCGCAUCGUGCGCCAACAUCAAGGCAGAGUGACUGGAAUCGAAAGGAGCUCGCGGGCUCACUGGGAGCGCGAGUGCCAUUGGCGUUGAGCAAUGCGUCCACGCUCGUGCAUGCUCGGAUAGUCACGUACUUACACCCACUCGUCUGUCUUGGCUCCCUCAGGAACAUUGUAGCUACGGUGAAUCUUGACGUCAAGCUCGAUCUCAAGACCAUUGCCCUCCACGCACGCAAUGCCGAGUACAAUCCCAAGGUACGUCCUUGCGCGAAUGUGGCACAGCCAUUCCAGCAUCGGCGUCAUUGACGUGGACGCUCGCCAUUCGAUCAGCGAUUUGCUGCUGUCAUUAUGCGUAUUCGCGAGCCAAAGACCACGGCGCUUAUCUUUGCAAGCGGCAAGAUGGUCGUCACUGGUGCCAAGUCGGAGGAGGAUAGUCGUCUGGCAAGCCGCAAGUAUGCACGUAUCAUUCAAAAACUCGGCUUCGAGGCCAAAUUCUCCGAAUUCAAGAUACAAAAUAUCGUUGGCAGGUGAGGCCUGGCUCCACACGUCACGGUUGGUACGAGGCCGCUGACCACCAGGACGAAUAUUCUUCAGCUGCGACGUAAGAUUCCCAAUUCGUCUCGAGGGCUUGGCGUAUGCCCACGGUCCUUUCUCGUCCUACGAACCAGAGGUAGGUAUUGGCCAAAAUUACCUUGAAAUGCCGCGCUAUGCUCACUCUGCCUCCGCGUAGCUUUUUCCCGGCCUCAUUUACCGCAUGGUCAAUCCUAAAGUGGUGCUGCUGAUCUUUGUCAGCGGCAAGAUCGUGCUCACAGGUGCCAAGGUGAGCGAGCGACCCCAUGGCUUUGUUCCCAACGGACAUUGUCGUUGACAAGUGGAGACAAAUUCUAGGUCCGCGAGGAGAUCUACAGCGCUUUUGAGAAGAUCCUUCCUGUACUCGCCGAGUACAAGAAACCAUAA